UGAAACGAAGGUGGUCACAGGUUAUAAAAAACGAGCCGUCACCCUCUCCACCACCUGAAAUCCACCCCUUUCAGAAAGUCAAAGUCGAAGAAUCAGCAUCACCACCGCCAACAAUGACCAAACCCACAACCCUCCUUGACGUGGUUAAGGACUGCGACAACUUCCUCUACCCCUGCUACCAAAACCCCCAUCUCCAAUCCUUCUCCUCCACCACCGUCUCCCGCGCCUCCCUCUCGCCCUCUCCAGCCCCCUCCUCAGACACCGCCAUGACAGCCCCAGACCCCUACUCACGCACCCUCUCCACCCUCUGGACCUUCCACCUCCCUUACGACCCCGCGCCCCAUGGUCUCCUCACCCACCACGUCGUCAGUAACAUGCGGUGGACCAAGCACUUCUACCACGACGUCUCCAACCAGGCCGUCGACCUUCUCGCGCCUUCUGGGGAGGACCUGCUCCCCGAGGACAACGGCUCCUGGGAAGUCGCCUGUUCGCGGAUCCUGGACGAGCAGAUAGAGCUGGCCAGACAGGAUAAUGUCCUGGGCAAGAUUCUGGGACCCAAGAAGAAGGGGGAGCAGUUCCCUAUCGUUGGCGCCAAGUUCGAUGUGGGCGUGGAUCGGUCGGCGAUAGGAUUGCUGGGGAUGGUGGGGAGGGGGGCGCAUAUGACCGUUUACUCUCGCGUUCGCUCCAAAUCGUUGGAUGGACAAAGGGAGGACUUUCGGUUUUGGAUUCCGAGGCGCGAUCGUGGGAAGUCGACCUAUCCGGGGCGGUUGGACCAGGCGGUAGCGGGUGGAGUGGCGAGGGGGGAAACGCCGUGGGAGUGUAUAGUCCGGGAAGCAGUCGAGGAAGCGGGGUCCGCGUUGAGCGAGGAGUUCGUGAGGGCGAAUGCGAAGGCGGCGGGCACGGUGACUUGGCUCAACAUCUCCGACUACCGCGCCGGGCCAGGACAAGAAGGAUUGGUGAACCCGGGCGUACUGUACGUCUAUGACUUGGAACUGCCUGAUGGGGGGAGAGAUUUCAACUUCCAGCCGGUGCCCGGAGAUAUUGAGAGUUGGGCGGUCAUGGACACGAAUGAUGUGAUGGCGGCCAUGAAGAAGUUCGAAUUUAAGCCGAGUUGUGCGGUGGUUAUGAUCGACUUCUUGGUGAGACAUGGUGUGAUUACGCCAGAGAAUGAGCCGGAUUACGUCGAGAUUGUGAGUCGGUUGCAUCGGCUGUUGCCCUUGCCGACGAGUGCGAGGAGGGAGCGCCAGAGGGAGGGCAAUGGCGUUUGAGGGGCGAGUGAUAGGGUAUGCAGUUUUAGCCAACAGAGUGAAAGAGUGUUGGGAAGAGGAAUGGGAGAGAACAUCGCAUGAGGACAUGAAGGACAACCAGUCAACAAGGGCAAAACAACGAAAGGGACACGCAUGCUGGGCCUGGAAAAGUGGCAUUGGAAUACAAUCUAAUGCUGGUUCGUUUAUUACCUUGGUACACCUGGUAUUUUGGACGAGAUCUAUGCCGAGUUGUCCCAAACCUUAUAAGGACGCAUUAAAAUGAUUAGAGGUAGGUAGGUACGGAUGAGAUAUGUUUAAAGGAUUGAUCGAACAUGCAUUAACAAGAUUUAACAUCA